UGAUCUGUGUUUGUUUGAGCAAAUGGUGAAAGACUCUAGUCCCGUGGUGUCGGUGCGGAAUGGGACUCUUCGGGGGGCCUCCAUGACUGUGAAAGGCUCCGAUAAGCAGGUGCAGCAGUAUUUGGGGAUCCCCUUUGCCCGACCCCCUCUGGGCCCCCUGCGUCUGUCUGCCCCCCAGCCUGCAGAGUCCUGGGAGGGAGAGAGAGACGCCACCCAGCAGCCGCCCAUGUGUCUUCAAGAUCCAGACAUUAUAACAAUGACAUCAAAAGUCAUGGCCAUUGAAUUCACUCCUCCUGGUAUAUCAGAAGACUGCUUGUACCUCAAUGUGUACACUCCAGCAAAAUCAGGGGAAAAACUACCAGUGAUGGUGUGGAUCCAUGGAGGAGGACUGUAUAUGGGUGGAGCCUCCCAGUAUGACGGCUCAGUGCUGGCUGCCCAUGGCAACAUCGUGGUGGUGGUCAUGCAGUACAGACUCGGGUUUCUGGGAUACUUCAGCACUGGAGACACGAAUGCUCAGGGAAACUGGGGUUUCCUGGACCAGAUCGCUGCUCUCCAGUGGGUGCAGGAGAACAUCGAGAGCUUCGGGGGAGACCCCAACUCUGUCACCAUCGCUGGAGAGUCGGCUGGAGCGAUAAGUGCAUCUAUACUGAUCCUGUCUCCUCUGGCCAAGGGGCUUUUCCAUCGGGCAGUUCUUCAGAGUGGAGUUGCCACUAUUGGGGCCUACACAACUAAGACUCCCAUGGUCUUUGCCAAGAUGAUGGCUAAGGUUAUGGAGUGUGACUCAAGCUCAAACAAAGAGCUGGUCAAAUGUAUGAGACAAAAAACAGCUGAUGAUUACGUUACAGCAAUGAAAAAGAAAAAGAUCUUCAUGGGUGCUGUAGUGGACGGGGAGUUUUUGAACGACAUAGCUGAAGAAGUUUUAAAAAGCAAAGACUUUCAGAAAGUCCCAAUUAUCGUUGGCAUGACAAAUCAUGAGUUUGGAUGGAUGCUUUCAAACGCUUUUGCUCCUCCCGGCUGGCAGAAAGGGAUGACUCGACCUGAGUUCCUGGCAAUGGUCAAUACCUUCUUCCCUACAGGGAAUGCCUCAUGUGCUAACGAGCUGAUUGUAGACGAGUAUCUGAAAGAUGCAGACACACCAGAGGACGUUAGAGAUCAGUUCACAGAGGCGCUUGGUGACCUGUUCAUGGUCAUCCCCGUCAUAAAAGUGGCAGAAUAUCACAGAGAUGCUGGAGUACAUGUGUACCUGUAUGAGUUCCAGCACAGGCCAGAGAUUUAUAAGGACACCAGACCCAGCUUUGUGAAGGCUGAUCACGCAGAUGAUGUUGGCUUUGUCUUUGGCUCUUGUUUCUGGGAUGGACAUAUUAAACUCAAUGGUACCACCACAGAACAGGAGAAUCAGCUCUGCAAGACGACAAUGGCGUACUGGGCCAAUUUUGUUCGCACAGGCUCUCCUAAUGGGCCUGGCCUGGUGCACUGGCCUCUGUAUGAUGCCAGCAACAAGUACCUGAACCUGGACCUGCAGCAGAGUGAGGGGCAGGACCUGAAGAAGGACAGAGUGCAGUUCUUCAACACGGAGCUGCCCAAGAGGCUCGCUGCAAAGAAAACAGCUCAGUAGUCUCAUUAGUUUACAGGCAUUAUACAGUAUAAUAGGCAGAUGAUAUUAGUACACUUUACAUGCGCCUGGACAAGUACCUCAUCCAUCCAUUUAAUGAUUUAAAAAACUGAACUGUACUCCUGUAAAAUAAACAAAUGAGAUGUGACACUGUGAUAAAAUUGUACUCAAAUGAUGGUAUUCAGUCC